AUAAUUUUCAAAUACAAUUUUUUACUAUUGGGAUGGUGGAAUUGAAAAAAAGACACACUGCACUGUUUCUAAAGGAAGAAAUCUUAAAAAGUUUCCAUAAAUUUGGAAUAAACGCGGCACAAAUAUAUUCUUCUACUACCGAUAAUGAAGCGAACGUUGUGAAAACUUCACUACAUCAGACAAUUUAACUAGAUGGAAUUCUACGUUCGAUAUGUUAAAUUCUCUGUUGAACUUGGAAGAAUUUGUAAAUAUUCAUGAAGUUAACUGUCAAAUAAAUUGGGAUUUCGUAAAAAUUUUUUUUGGUGCGUUUAAGCCCAUUGCUGAAUGUACAAGAAGUUUGUAAACAGAAGAUUAUAUAAUGGGUGAUUUCUACAGGGAUUGGUUACUUUGCGAAACGAAAUUGGAAACUAUGCCGAACAAUAUCUUCGCUAGUACUUUAUUAAGAUCAAUGCAGUUGCGGAAGGAAAAGCUUCUUGAAAACAAUGCAUUCGUUUCCGCUUUAUAUAUGGAUCGAAGAUUUAAUUAUAUGGAUUCACUGUUCUUCAAUGAAAUGCGAAGAAAACAGGCGGUAUCACAUAUAAUUUCUACAAGCACAAUGUUAAGUUCUUUGGAGGGAAAUCCAAUAUGCAAUGAUGCAGAUCCAGUGGCCAGCCAAGUUGAAUUCGAACCUUCUCUGUCUUCAAAUGAUACUUUUCACUUACUUGAACAAAAAGUUACUUCUUGGACUCAGCAAUCUCCUCAGUCAACAAGCAAUGUUCAAACAAUUCGUAAAAAACUUGAAGGACUAGCACACGAAACUCGGAUGCCUUUCCAAAAAAACAUACUGGAUUACUGGAAAGGUUUGCGAAGCCAUGAGCCAGCUUUAGCCAAAUUAGCCGAAGUAGUUCCAUCUGUUCCAUGUAGUUAAACUUCAGUGGAACGUGCCUUUAGUGCUCUUUCGUUAAUUUUAACUAAGCAUCAUUCCAGGCUCAACCCACAAAAUAUCAAUAAUUUGCUUUUGAUAAGGUCAAAUGAAGAACUUUUUAAUAAUAUGAAUUUUUCUUAAGGUAAUUUUUCAUUAAAAAAUUAUCAACUUUAUUUAUUGAAUUAUUUGUGUUCUUUUUCUAUUGAAAUAUAUACAUGUUUUGUUUGUUUUAAUAAAUACAUAAGUACUUACUUAUGCACGUACAUAUGUAUGUACAAAUACGGAAAAUAA